GAUCGGGAUGUAUAUAUGUCUCUCACCCUCCUUUAAUUUAGAUUAGCCGCCUUCUUUUACCACUUUAACCAGAACAACCUUGUCCUUUCAUAUAUACAUUGUUAUUUUCUUUAAGAUAUACACUAUUGUGCAUGUAUUUGUGUUCAUUCAUGGAUGACAUUGAAGUUCCUCAGUAUUUCCUUUGCCCUAUAUCCCUCCAAAUAAUGAAAGACCCAGUGACAGUCAUAACAGGCAUCACCUACGACCGAGAAAGCAUUGAACACUGGCUAUUCACCAGCAAGAAAACCACAUGUCCGGUCAGCAAACAGGCCUUGCCAAAAGGCUCCGACUUAACCCCUAAUCACACACUACGCCGCCUUAUUCAGGCCUGGUGCACCCAAAAUGCCUCGCAUGGCAUCGAUCGGAUUCCCACACCGAAACCUCCUCUCGACAAGUUUCAAGUCCUCAAACUGAUUAAGCAUCUUCGGCAACCUCAGUUACAGCUGAAAACCCUUAGAAAAUUGGAGUUGCUGGCAUCCGAAAAUGAUAAGAAUAGGAGUCAUAUGCUUGACGCCGGAGUGCCAAAAGCCAUGUUGUUGUUUAUUGCGACCCGUUUCAAGGAAGGCCAAACUGAUGGCCUUGAAGAAGCUUUUAGUGUACUCAAUUCUAUCCCGAUUCCUUCAGCUGAAGCAAAGCAACUUCUUAUGGAAAACGAUCAUAUUAUCGAUUCUUUGACGUGGGUCCUUGGUUGCGAAAUGGAAAACCAAGAACUCACUGUGAAAUCCCAUGCGAUGAUAGUGUUGAAAACAAUCACCACAGAUCCGAGCUCACGUAUUCUAGAAAGAUUGGAACCCGAAUUCUUCAACACGAUUGCGAGAUUUUUAAGAAGUGGGACCACUCGACAAGGAUCUAAUGCCGCUUUGAAUGUGCUGUUAGCUGCUUGUGAUUGGGGUAGAAAUCGAAUGAUGAUGGUUGAAGCAGGCAUAGUUUUCGAGCUCAUCGAACUUGAGUUGGGAUUGCCCGAAAAGAGAACGACAGAGCUCAUUUUAGGAAUAUUAUUUCAUCUAUGUUCCUUCGCCGACGGGAGAGCUCAGUUUCUGAGUCAUAGAGGAAGUAUUGCCGUGGUCUCAAACAGGAUCUCGAGGGUUUCACCGGCAGCCGAUGAUCGUGCGGUUCUGAUCCUUUCAAUAAUAUGUAAGUUCUCAGGGACAAAUAUGGUGAUUCAGGAGAUGUUGAAGGUUGGAGCAGUAUCAAGGCUUUGUUCAUUGCUCCAAGCUAACUGUGACACAUAUUUGAAAGACACAGCAAGGAAAAUCCUCAAGUCACACUCUGAUGAGUGGAAGGAUUCUCCUUGCAUUGGUGUUCCUAAUUAAGAUCAAUAAUUCAGGUGAAAUGCAUCACCUACUUCAUUCUGAUCUCACUCUCACUCCCUAUAUAUCCAUAUGUCAUUUCGAACAAAUUAUAUAAGAAAAACGAGGUGUGUUUACUUUGGCACGCAUUCCUAGGACGAUAGGUGUAUUUUAUGUAUUCAAACAGUUUACCAUGAGAAUCAGGUGGAUCCAGAUCGAAGAGAGAAGAUGCCAAAAAACGCUAAUCUCUGAAUUAAUAAAUUGGUAGAACAAAGAAAACUAAAAGCUAGCACGGUUUUGGAUUAGAACUCCAGCACCAACCUCAAGAAGGGUACCACUGGUACUGAUACCUUCGGCUUGUCUUCUUCCCAAAAAAUUGCCUGCCCAUAUAUUAUA